AUGCACGCCUCCUACGCUGAGAAGGGUUUACGCAUCAUGGGCUUUCCAUGCAACCAAUUUGGAGGACAGGUAACAAGUAUUGAUUAAAAAAAGGGAUAUAUUUUGUUAUUCUUCCAUUUAUUCAUUCAUACUCUUUCAAGCUAUUGACAUUCAGGUGUUGUUAAGAAGUUGCUCAGGGCUCAUUUUUAAAUUUGUUCAAUAAAAGAACAGUUGCUAAAAAAAAGUUUAAUUUUAGACCAAAUAAAAAAAGUGACAUAAUUCAAGCUUGCAGAAUGUAAAUCAUUAAAAACAACCAUAAAAAUCAUGUAAAUCACUUAGAUAUGAACCAACAUAUGUGCAGGAUUCCAGCUUAUUAUAGAUACAUUCUUAGAUAAGUUUCAUCCCAUGCAAAGCUGACAAUUUCCCCUUUCGAUUUGGAUUUUUGCUUCGUGUGAUCCAGGAGCCAGGGACUAAUGCAGAGAUCAAGGAGUUUGCUAAAGGUUACAAUGCAGAGUUUGAUCUCUUCAGUAAAAUAGAUGUGAACGGGGACAAUGCCCAUCCUUUGUGGAAGUGGAUGAAAGCACAGCCAAAAGGCAAGGGACUCCUGGGAAAGUAAGUAUUUUCUUAUUUACAUAACAAACGAGUCUCAUGACACUGUGUACACAGAUUGAGGAGCAGCCAUCAGUGGAACAUUCAUUUUACUCAGAAUAGUUAUGAAUGAAUGAGGGUAAACUGACUUGAUGGGGAGCCAGGGUGUCAUUGCACUAUGAUGUGUUGGGAAAGUGGAAGUGAACUCUUGUUUUGUACAUAUCCUGUUGAAAUUAAGUAUUGCUUCACUACACACCUUUAACAACUGUUUUAAAAUUUUCCUAGGGUUAAGUAUAUGUAAAAACCAACCUGUUGACUUAACUAGGAAAGUAAAACAAACAGUGAGAUAACAUGUCAUUGUUGUGGUAAUGUCUCAGGAUAUCAAAUUGUCACUGUUUUGAUGUUGUAGCAGUUGUAUUUCAGUCCAACCAAUUUCAGCUAAUUAGAAAGUCUACUUCAUUUAACAAAGAAAUGAGGUGUUGUUGGUUAUGCCUCUAGGUUGUGAUGUAAUUAUGUUUUUGUUUCCUUCCACAGUAACAUCAAAUGGAACUUCACCAAGGUAACCUGCUGAACUUCUGUGAAUUCUCAUUUUGCUAAGGCAUAUUCAGUCAAAUUUUGUGCAUUUAUUGUGUAUCAACCAUAUGAAAAAUGUAAGUUGUGCUAAUAUUUCAGUGUCUUAUUUCUCCAUAGUUUCUGAUAAACAGAGAAGGACAGGUGGUGAAAAGAUAUGGCCCAACAGAUGAUCCUAGCGUAAGUGGCACUUAAUUUGCUUUCUAUUUUACCUCUGUAUUUUGCUUUAAAAUACAAAAUACUUGCAUACAUUUUUGGUGCAUACCCGAGUGUCUUACUAUUUCAAUCGGUGCAAAAAUGUAUUGUAUUUAUCUAGGCAUUUUAUUGCUUUGAUUUUAUUAUUGUUAGCAAUAGUAUAAUUACAAGAGUAGAGGAACUGUCAGCCAGUAAUCCAUUGGUCACAUGUGUGCCUUUUUAUCUGGACUUGUAUUCUACAUAGAGGACAGUCUGUCUCUGUCCAUGGUGCUGUAGUAUUGCUUCUGCCUUCAUUAUUCAUAACAGUAUAAUUUCCCUUCUUAUUUCUUUGCAGGUUGUUGAAAAGGAUCUACCAACAUACCUGUAA